AUCUGCUCGCAUCGGUUGGUUCCAUUAGGGGAGGAGAGCCGUGUACAAUGCGUGCCUUAUGAAGCUUGCCUGAUUUUCAUAUUUGCCCAGAUACGUUGUGCUUGAUUGAAAGGAGAAGACAGGCCAGAUGUUCUCUAUGAGCUCGCCCCAGGCCUCGCCCUUCAACACACCACGAGACGAUCGCCCACGUCCACCUCGACAGUCUUCCCAAUUCCGUCCUGGCGUGGCUCCCUCUCCCGGAGGAUAUCAGCAGCAGCAGCAGCAGCAGCAAGACGGCUACUUCCCUACCGUCGCUCCCAGCGCGAAUCAGCAGCCCAUGAACUACACACAGACCCCAACCAUGGAACAACAGCAGCAGCAGCAGCAGUACGGCGGGCCGCAGUAUGAUGGCCAGCAUGAUGUCAAUGGCAUGGCGCAGCAAAUGGGGCAAAUGGGCUUGGACGGAGCUGCCGGUACAGUACGGAGGAAGAAGAAAGACCGGCAUGCUCAUCACACAAUCGAGACGCCUGCUGGAAGUUCUGCAUUUGGAGGGAAUGGCAUACCACCAGCACAGCCAGGUGGAGACCCCGCUCAGGCUCCAUGGCAACAGACAAGUCAGCCAUGGCAGUCGCAAACACUCCCGCAGCCCGGAAUGCAGCUCAAUGCUCAGCCUGGAGUUCCGUUGCAACAACCAGGAGUGCCUGUGGGAGCACCCAUUAGUAUGGGAAAUGCUCAGCAGCCUGGUGCGGCGCCUGGUGCUCAGCGGGUCAAUCCCGAUCUGAUCCCAAGCAUACCUCUGAGUCGAGAUCUGCCCGCGGACUACUAUAAACAACACGUAUAUCCCACCAUGGAGCAGAAGCUGCCGCCCCCUGCAACGACGCCAUAUGUGGCGUAUGAUCAGGGGAACGCUUCCCCAAAGCACGCACGCCUCACCCUUAACUGUAUACCCAACUCGCAAGAGCAAUUGGCAACGACUGGACUGCCUCUCGGAAUCGUACUGCAACCUCUGACCCGUCAGGCCGACGGAGAGUCUGCCAUACCUGUGCUUGACUUUGGCGAGACCGGGCCACCUCGAUGUCGAAGAUGUCGUGCGUACGUGAAUCCAUUCAUGGUCUUCUCGAAUGGAGGCAAUCGUAUGACUUGCAACCUCUGUGGGCAUCCUAAUGAAGUUGCGCCGGAGUACUUCGCUCCUACAGAUCCUACUGGUGUUCGUGUAGAUCGUCAAGACCGGCCCGAACUGCUUCUAGGCACUUGCGAAUAUCUUGUUCCAAAAGAGUAUUGGUCGAAAGAACCGGUUGGUAUGCGCUACUUGUUUCUCUUGGACGUGAGCGCCGAGAGCUGUAAUCGUGGCUUUCUCAAAGCUACAUGCGAUGGUCUUCUCGCCGCUCUGUAUGGUGACGACCUCGAAGUCGAGCCGAAAGACACAGAGACCGAGAAUGAGGGCGAGGCGAAGCCACUGAAGCCCAGCAAAGUCCCCCCGGGCGCUAAGGUCGGUUUCAUGACAUUUGAUCGAGAGAUCCAUUUCUUCAACGUUUCCUCUGGCCUUCCUGCACCGCAACAGCUGGUCGUUUCCGAUCUCGAUGACCCGUUCACAGCUAUUUCUUCGCAUCACCUUUUCGUGGAUGCUGCCGAGUCCAAGUCAAAUAUCGUACCCCUUCUCCAACAGCUCCCUGCCAUGUUCGAGCGCAUCAAACACGCCGAACCUGCUCUACUUCCGCCGCUUCAGGCAGCUCUUUCUGCAUUGGCAGAGACUGGUGGAAAGAUCCUAUGUUCUCUCGCAAGCCUGCCAACAUAUGGUCCAGGGCGUCUGACCGUACGUGAUCGAGGCAUGCAGACUGCGAGCAACGACAACCCCGAGCAAGAGAAGGUGCUUUUCCGCACCGAAAACCAAAGCUUCAAAAAGCUACAAGCCGAUAUGGUCAAGGCCGGCGUCGGUGUUGACUUCUUCCUGACAGCGCCCGCUGGUGGUUACCUUGACAUUGCCACCAUCGGCCUGAUCGCCGAGAAGACGGGCGGCGAUACAUUCUACUAUCCCAAUUGGGCUUAUCCUCGCGACACCCUGAGGCUUGAAAAGGAAUUGAGCCAUGCAGUUCAGCGAGAACAAGGCUAUGCUGCCCUGAUGAAGGUGCGCUGCAGCAAUGGUUUGCAAAUUUCACACUAUAGUGGCAACUUCACGCAACAUACUUUCGGGGCAGAUCUUGAGAUGGGCACAUUCACCGAAGACUCUGCGAUUUCCGUUACUUUCAGCUACGAUGGCAAAUUGGAGGUGCGGCAUGACGCCCACUUUCAGUCGGCACUGCUCUAUACGACGGCUUCGGGACAGCGGCGAGUAAGAUGUACCAAUACGGUUGCCACUGUCACUGAGAAUGCUCGAGACAGCAUGCGCUUUGUCGACCAGGAUGCCGUACUCUCGGUCCUUGCUAAAGAGGCAGCCGCGAAAGUGCCCGAUAAGUCUCUGAGCAGUGUACGACAAGAGUUGCAAGAUAAGACGACAGAGGUACUUACAGCAUACCGAAAGCAUCACAGCGGCUCCCAUCCCCCUGGUCAACUUGUCAUGCCAGAGCACAUGAAGGAAUUCGCAAUGUAUAUGCUGGGCUUGAUCAAAUCCCGAGCAUUCAAGGGCGGUAAAGAACCCAGUGAUCGGCGUGUACAAGAGCUGCGUAUGCUCAAAGGCAUGGGACCCGGUGAGCUCAGUCUAUACCUUUACCCUCGCGUGAUCGCCAUCCACGCCAUGGAGCCCGAGGAAGGCUUUGCAGACGAGAACGGGCACUUGAAAGUGCCUCGCAGCGUUCGAGCGAGCUUCGCCAAUAUUGAGGAGGGAGGUGCUUACCUCGUUGAUAAUGGCCAGAUGCUUAUCUUGUGGCUGCAUCAACUCGUGAGCCCGAACUUAUUGGAGGACCUGUUUGGUGAAGGUUGUGACGAUCUGCAGAAGCUGGACUCGAAUCUCAAUGCCUUGCCUGUGUUGGAGACACAUCUUAAUGCUCAAGUGAGGAAUAUUCUGAUUGCGUUGGAGCAAGGUUCUGGAACUGGACGGGGAACCAAGGGCCUUUCCAUACAGCUCGCUCGACAAGGCCUCGAUGGUGCCGAGUUCGAAUUUGCAAGAUUGCUGUACGAGGAUAGGAAUGGGGAGGCGAGCAGCUACGUGGACUGGCUGGUCAUGCUGCAUCGUGGCGUCAGUCAAGAACUAUCUGGUCAACGUUCCAAGGGCUCAGCGGAUGGCAAGAAUUUCACCGAGACCAUCACCACUAUUGCAAGCAAUGUGCCAUAUUGGGGGUAAAUGGAAUACAAUACCACGAGAUGCAUAUAGUUAGUGCGAGUUGCUUCGGCGAGGUUUGAUACUGGCAGAAGGGUGAUUGUAAGUAAGGUAGCGAGCGAGGCGUUGGGGAGCGGGGGCGGGCGAAGAGGUCGAACAGUGCCACGAGCAAAUGUAGAGACUUGAC